AUGGAUGAGCUAAAUACACAACUCGAAGUCUUUCAUCGCUUGGCACGUAAAUACCGUAUUCAGCCCGAUGAACUCAAACAGCAAUAUGAAACAUGGCAAAAUGAAUUAGAGCAACUACAUCAACUUGAAGAUCCUGAAACCCUCGCUGAGCAAGUUGAACAAUCUCAUCUACUGUUUGUAGAGAAAGCACAACAUUUAGAUCAGAUUCGUCGUGAUGCUGCUGAACCUUUAGCCAAGCAACUGACUGAGCAAGUCAAACAACUGGCGCUACCAGAAGCACAUUUUGAAUUUAAAUUUGAACCGCUGGAACAAGUUUCUGCUGAAGGUUUAAGCUUUAUUCAAUUGCUCUUUACUGCCAAUAAAGGGAUUCCACCUCAACCGCUGGCACGUGUCGCUUCUGGUGGUGAGCUGUCACGUAUUGCAUUGGUCAUGCAAGUGAUGAAUGCCGAAAAAACUGAAGCAGAAGUUUUAGUGUUUGAUGAGAUUGAUGUCGGAAUCAGUGGUGGUACCGCUGAAAUUGUCGGGCGCUUAUUGGCAGGCUUGGGGCAACACGUUCAAAUUUUAUGUAUUACUCACCAAGCUCAGGUUGCGGCCCAGUCCGAUCAACACCUAUUGGUGAAAAAACUACAAACAGAUCCUGCAAGUAGUACCAUCGUUGCACUAGAAGAAGAGCAACUUAUUUUAGAAUUGGCUCGUAUGACAGGCGAAGCACUUUCAUCUAUUCAUUCGCCCUAUUGUCAUCGCUUUUAUAGAGAUGCACAUUUUUAUUUGGACACCAUUUUCGGAUUGAAAAGGAGUUGCAUAUCGGUGCCAAAACAAUAUCUUUCUCAUCGCUGCUUGAUUGCACCACCUGAUCUUGCUGAUGAUUUCUUUGCCAAUACGGUAAUCUAUCUUGCCCGUCAUGAUGAAGAUGGUGCGCAAGGUAUUCAAGUCAAAGAACUUUUGAAUGACUUAGAAAUUGAAGCAGAUAAUGUGCAUCCGCAUGAAGUUUUGCAAGGUGGUCCAUUGCGUCCUGAAGCGGGUUUUGUGAUUCAUACAGGACAACCAACCUGGCACUCUUCGAUUGCCGUAGGUGAAAAUCUGUGUAUUACCACCAGCAAAGAUAUUUUAGAUGCGAUUGCACACAAUGAAGGUGUAGGUCGUUAUCAAAUUGCAUUGGGCUAUGCCAGCUGGACUAAAAAUCAACUUGAAGAUGAAAUUACCCGUGGCGAUUGGUUGAUUUGUGAUUCAGACAUGGAUUUGGUGUUUAAUUUGCCUUAUACCGACCGUUGGGAUGCAGCUUAUCGUAAAAUAGGGAUUGAUCGUACUUGGUUAUCUUCUGAGAUUGGACAUGCCUGA